GGGAGGAGCGACGCUCGAUCCGCCCGUCAAAAAGUCCCGAGACUGUGUACAUACUCUCGCAUAUCCAUAGUACACACACACAUAUAUAUUAUACAAGCAUGUCGCAGUACGGGACCUACAUACCCCCAGCGCCACAGCAGCAUCAGCAACAUCAGCAACAUCAGCAGCAUCAGCAGCCCCCACCCUACCAACCUCCGCAUGCAGCCAAGUACGAUGGAGGAUCAAGCUAUUAUGCCCAGAAGUCUGGGGGGAUAAUCGGACAAAUGGUGAAUCAGCAUCUGACGAAUGGAAAACCGAUGCUGAAUAAACUGGGUAAGAGUAUGAGCUCGCUACUAGGGAAUAGCAAGCCGCCUGUACAUGUGGUUCAGAGUGCGCAGAGUUAUCAGAGUCAUCAUGGGCAACAACAGCAGCAGCAGCAGGGUCAGGGUCAGAUUGCUGCUGCUGUUGCUACUACUAGUCCGCAGCCGCAACAACAGCAGUGGGGUCAGGGACAGCAACAUCAACGGUGGAGCCAGGGGCAUCAUCCUUCUUCUUCUUCUCCUCCACCACCUCCGCCGGCAUCGAGUCCAUAUCAGCUAUCGAGUUAUUUCACGUCGACUCCAGGACACUCGGGACAUGCUGGUUACUCACCGCAGCAGACGCAGCAAGCGCCUGUUUCCCAAUCGUAUACGCCGCCGCCAUCAACUACUACGUCGGGCUAUGCACCGCAACAUGGACAUGGCCAAAUAGGACACAGCCCAUAUGCGCCGCCGGUGCAGGAGCUACCCGGCUGUUAUGCGGUACAAGAGAGCGGAGUUGUUGCAGGCACGCCAAAUCAUGUUGGGGGCAUACCAAAUCAUGCUGCGAAUACGCCUCCGCAUAUGGCUGUACAAUCUCCACAAGCGCAAUGGGGGAGCUCAAUCCCGGCAACACAAGAUCGGCCUGGGCCUCAACAACAGCCAGUGUAUCCCUCGCAGCAUGUGGUUUCUCCAGUCACUCCGGUCAGCCCAGAGCACCAGCAGCAUUGGAAUGGCAUGUCGGCAGCUCCUAAUCCAUAUGGCUCAGUUCAUGUGCAGGCACCACAUCACUCUACCAGUCCGUCGCCAACACAACAGGGGAACACGGUACCUCCUCCGCCGGUACAUCACCAAGCCGCACCACACUUCGCACCGCCAACAUUCGCUGUAGAACUGCCUGCGGACCUCGGAAAUCUCAGCCUUGGUUCAGCAGAGCCGCCCAAAGACAAUGGACGUCAGCCGAGUUUGAAGGCAAGCGAGGUGCCGCAAGCUGGCACAUGGAGAGUUGCCGACCCAGCGACGGAAAGGGCGACGGAUGAAUUCUACGUCUUGGCCGACUUGCUUUUCGAUGCAUUGGACAGGCAGUUUGAGCCUAGGAACACGGGCCUGGUGGAAGGGUCAAAGUUGAUGGGCAGUUGUCUGCUGAGGUUAAAUGAGGAUGAAAAGCGGCUAUUUGCGCAUCAAUCUCACGGUGCGUUUGCCAAGAUGUGGAGCAUCGAAGGCAUCCCGCACGUCAUGGUGCCGUGCGAGAGCGCACUGACGCCGAUUUGGAACUUUGACAGAGUGACACACGGCCAACAUGUCAGAGUUGGCGAGAGCAGCAGAGGGUCGCAGGCGCGAUACAUGCCAGCGCUGAACCGGGCCGGAUGGUACCAGUUCCUGCUGGUCGAGGCGAUGCGAGCGCCCGAGGAGCUUGGCAAAGUUGUGGCAGCCGUGUGCGCGGACAGACACCCGGCUGGGCUGCUGGGCAAGGUCGACCUCAACAAGCUUGAUCGAACCGUGGACCCAGCGGUGCGAGCCAGAGCGGGCGAGCUGCGGGCGUAUGCGAUUGCCCAAGCGUGCGAUGAGACGAGGCUUGCUAUGGCUAGGGAUGGAGAUGGGAAUAAGUAGAGCAAGACAUGGCAGCGAGGGCGGACGGGGGUGAGUGGGAUGGAUGGAUGGAUGGAUGGAUGGAUGGUGAAUAGAGGGAGACGAGGGCGAGGGCGAGGGCAAGGGCGCGGUGUUUUUGUGUAGCAGGUGGGCAGGCGUGUGUUUCUUGUUUGCUGUUUCCUGUUUGAGCCGCAUGAUGCGGACUAUUAGCGAAACGCAACUCUUGACCAACGCAAUCAGACAUGGUUAUUUUCCCAGUCUGGCCAUGAGCGCGAUGGGACUUAUCAACUUGUUUUCUGGU